UUUAGCUUAAUAAUUCCAUCUUUAAGUCAUUUCCCUCCUUUCGAAUUCUACUAUACACAGUCAGAGGAGCCCAGCCACACCUUCAACAUUUUGCUUAGAAAUUGCUUCAAUUUCUGCUCUUUCCGUGCUGCCGUAAUGGUGCUCAUGAGUGUCCUGGCAGACGCCCUCGAGAACAUUAACGAUGCUGAAAAGAGAGGCAAACGCCACGUUCUUAUUAGGCCAUGCUCUGAAGUCAUUGUCUGGUUUCUAACUAUGAUGAUGGAGCGUGGUUGCACUGGCAAAUUCGAAAUCCUUGGUGAUCACAGAGCUGGGGAAAGUGUUGUGAACCCCAGGGGCAGGUUAAACAAGUGCGAAGUGAUGAGCCCCAGAUUUGAUGAUGUGCAACUCAAAGAUCUAGAAAAACGGCAGUAUAAUCUGCCCCUGUCCCGUCAGUUUGGUUUCACUGCACUGACAACCCUAGCUGACAUCAUGGACCAUGAAGAAGCACGACAAAAACACACAGGAGGGAAACUCCUGGGAUUCUUUUUCUAG